AAACUGCAGCACAUAGCCCUUUUAAAAUUUAGGUCACCGUGCAUUGAAAAAAUAUUUUUAUUUCCGUAAAAUAAAUUACAUCAAUAUGAAUCUUCUCGCUUCUAGUGCUUCAGAUAUUGUUAUAAAUGGCGUGCCCUGUGAACUGAUAAUAAAACCAUAAUUUUCAAUGCUUUCCGCAAUCUAAUGUAUAAUUGAAAGUUCUCCGAUUUCUUCCUCACUGAGGAAAUACUCGUUGAUAUGAUAUCCAAACACGGAAAAAAUACCCAAGAAAGUUUAUCCAAUUACUUACAAACAAGAAGUUAGAACUUGGUAACCGUGCAAUGCAUAAGAAGAAAGAAAUCAGCUAUUUGACCAUGGUUGAAAUUCAUUUGCUCUACACCUGAUAAAUAAUGGAUUCACUCACAAACAGGACAUGAGCAGCUCUACGUCGGUGUUAUCAUUUGAAGUAAAAUUAUCACCCUAAAUUCCUUCAAUUUAUUUAUGGCAGUCGAUGGUUGUGAUAUCUGAUUAAGCCUUAGCGUCAUGGUAAACCGUCUUGAUCUAUAACAGUGUGCGUGUAGAAAAAAUCAUGGAGGGGAAUAAUUCGUCAACUGCAGUUCCAAUCAACGCUACUACAGUCCAGCCAGCAGCCACUACAAAGGUGUACGAAAACGCCGGCCCAGUGACAUUGCUGUUUUUCUUUGGAGUUGUUGGAAACGUUAUUGCUCUAUCUGUACUUUGCUGUUCCUCCAAAACUCACAAAUGGCGCCCUUUUUAUCGCUUCGUGUGCGGCCUUGCCAUAUCUGAUGGAGGUGGGAUUCUAGCAUCGUAUCCGUUUGCUGAAUAUCGGUACAUUUCUAAGUUUGAAUAUUUGUUCCCAACACCUUUGUGUGAGUACCUCGGAUUCGUCUUCAUGUUUACCUUAAUGUCGUCUGCCAUGAUCGUCUGCUGCAUGUCUUUUGACAGAUUCUUUGCUACGUUCUAUCCAUUUCUUUAUAACUCCCCUACAAAAGGGCUGCGGACGAAUAUCAUCUUAGCCGCUGUGUGGUGCCUUUCGGGAAUCCUCAGUAGCCUUCAUCUAUAUGGACUGGGUUCCAGCAAAAACAUUUACCCCGGUUCGUGGUGUUUUCUAAACUUUAUUGAAUUGAAUUCCACAUAUCCAAAUUAUAGAGAAAACACAAUCUAUUCCUACAUUUACGCCUCCGUGGGUGUGCUUGUUGUGUUGACGACUCUUGUAAUAAAUAUGGCGGUCGUAUCGUUCUUCGUCAGAAACAGACUUACUAAGAAGAGGGCAAGCAAAAAAAGAGAUAUACAUGUCAUUGCUUUCCUUAUCGUCAUCGUCACAGUGUUUACGUCUUGCUGGGCUCCCCUUAUGGUUAACAUACUGCAGCACGCCUCUGGUUCUAUUGAGGGGGAAGGAUUCACCGAACUCACAGUUCUACGCAUGGCCGUCACAAACUCCGUGGUAGAUCCCUGGAUCUACAUCCUGUUCCGGAAGGAGGUCCUCAUGAUCAUACUUCGCGCCAUCGAACGCGUGCGGGGGAGAAGUCUCCAGAUCACACAUGAUUUGUCGGGAAUAUCCGAAACAGCGGAUACAAAACAAGUGUCAACAGUUAUGUCUUCUACUAACCGAACAGCAGAAUCACAGCUUUCAGACGACGACGGGGGAGUGUUCAAAGGAUAACAUUGCCAGAUAGCAAUCAUUUGUAAUAGUCGAAAUGUAUAAAAUGAUUAAACUAGAUAUAUUUUAUCAUAUUAUGACAAUUAAAGCCCCUUAUCUAUUGGAGAGAUAUUUUAAUGUUGACUUUUAACUAAUGCCAGCUUUUAUUGAAUUAAAGCUUGUACAAUAUU